GUGUGAUCGAGUUUACUUUUUUUCUUGUCUUGUUUUGCUUUCACAAGAUAUUCUCCCAUGGCUUGGUUAUAAGAAAUAACCGUUAUUCUGUUGUCAAUGACGGACUCGAGAAAAAUAAACUUUAAAUCACACACAGUGUACUUUCAGGUCUCAAGAAAAUAUCAUCUAAAAAAUGUUUAAGCUCAAAGUAUUCUUCCUCAUUUCGGUCAUCUCGUGUACUCUUUCAAGUCCUAUAAGUAGCAUUUUGUCACUUUACGAGGAACUCGAUGACGAUAAUUACGAUAUAAUUGUGGAUCAGCGUCAAAAUGGAACACAAAAUUUUAGAAUCAAAGUCAAUGGAGUGAACAUUGCCAUUCCUAUUGAUGAACAUCAAGAUUCUCAAUUUUCAGAAUUAGAAAUAGCAAGCUUAUUAGGCAUUCCAUCAUCAACACAGAUUCCAAUAAGCAUUGGCAACGAUGACAAAAACGACUUUUCUGAAUUUGCAUCACUCUUUGAUUUUAAGAAGACUUCAAAAACAGGACAUAAGAAGGAACUUAUUGAUACUCAAAGCCGUACAAAAGAUAUCCCAACAAAUGGACAGAUAAUGGGGGAUACAAAGGACAGUGUGAAGACCCUCGUUAAAAAUAGUGGAAAAAAGUACAAAGUAUUAGUUGGAGAAAAAUACAUAAUUCCUAUUAUUCAGUAUUUAAAGAAGCACAUUGAGAACGUUGAAUGACUUUAAAAUUGUAUUUUUUGCAAUCUAAUAAAAUUGGAAAGAGCUUUUUCCCCAACUCAAUCCUUACAAUUCCAUUAA